AUGUCCGCUCCUAUUGUCUUCGUUUGCGGUGCUACCGGUACCCAAGGCGGCGCCCUCGCAAACCAUCUUCUACAACAGAAUAUCCCAGUCCGCGCCAUCACCCGCAACACACAAUCCGAAAUAGCCCAGAACCUUCUAGCACGCGGAGUGCACCUGACCCAAGGAAAUUUCGACAAUGAAGAAGCCCUACGAAAAGCCAUGACGGGCUGUACAGCCCUCUUCCUCAACCUGAUGCCCAGUCACCUCAAACCCACCGGAGAACUCGACCAAGCCAAGAAAAUCAUCGCGAUCGCCAAAGAAAUCGGUAUCAAUCAAAUUAUCUACACCAGCGCGAUGGGCACCGUCAACCCUGAACGCCUACCCGCCUGGAAUCCCGCCAGUUUUCCCGGUAUGGUUCUUCUCAGCAAACAAUCGAUCGAAAACGAAGUGCGAACUGCUGGAUUCGAAAAAUGGACUAUCCUGCGACCAGGAAAUUUUAUGUCUAAUUUCAUCAAUCCUCUUGUACGGAUGUACAAUGGCCUCGUCGAAACGGGGGUUUUCACUACUGCUUUUACCAUCGAGACUGUUCUCCCCAUGGUGGAUCCCAACGACAUUGGAAGAUUCGCUGCCGCUGCGGUGCUUGGCUCAGACCGAUUUCAUGGAAAGGAAAUCGAGGUCGCGUCUCAAAUGAUGGGGGCUCAGGCCUUGAUGGAAGAUUUGUCCCAGGCUACUGGCAAGGAUAUGCGGGUGGUCUUCCUAUCUGAUGAGGAGAUCAACGAGAAAGUGACGCAAGACCCGUUUCUGGGAGCUCAACUGGUGAUUCGCGAUAUGGCUAUUUUUGUGGAAUUUGAGAAAGUGAAGGAGUGGAAUAUCGAGUUGGGGACCUUUGCUCAGUUUCUGGAGCGGGAGAAGGAGCGCGUGCAGGCAACCUAUAACUGA